CUCGCUGACUUCGGCUAUGCUCUCAUUGCUACAGUCGCACGUGGUCCACCAUGUGGCACAGUAGAAUAUAUGCCUCCAGAGAUAAUCAGCGAAACAACUUUUAACCACACCGUUGAUAACUGGGCCGUUGGAGUACUUCUAUAUGAGAUGCUGGUGGGACAGUCACCGUUCCAUUAUGAUGACACAGCAGAAAUUGUUGAUGCGAUUAUUGCAUGCAAUUUUAUGAUACCGAGAUCCGUGAGGCAAGAACCGGCAGAAUUGAUAAAGCAGUUGAUUGUGAAGGAGGCUGCCAGAAGGGCAUCCCUCACCGAUGUCAUGUCUCACUCCUGGAUCACAAGCAUGUCAGGAAUUUCCGCAAACUGA